UGAAAAACAGACACUGAGGGAGUACUUCUUAUAUAUUCACCUUUUUGAGUCUUUUCUUUCAUCUUUCCCAACUAAGAACUUCCAAAAUGGAGUUCCACAAAGAUGAGCCCCUGACACCGAACGGACGCCUGUUUCUACAACCAGAAUUCAACCAUAUUACCACCUGCGCAAUCGGGUUCAAACACCCCCUUAAUAUACAAUCAAUCAAAACUGAGUUUCUCAACUCUUACAUCCUCAAACACCCUAGAAUGUCCAGCCUCUUCGUCAUCGACGAACACGGAAACGAGUUCUGGAGAAGAACUCAAAUCGAUUUAGACGAUCAUUUAAUAAUUCACCCUCCCCAAAACCCGGGGUUUGAAUUAUUUGAAACAGAUGAAAAACUACAAGAAGAAUACAUCAAUGCAAUCUUAUCCGACUUUGCUGUUUCAUGUCCUUUGAGUACGGACAAGCCAUUAUGGGAGCUACACUUCUAUGUCGACUUGAAAUGUAUGGUGUUUCGACUUCACCAUGCUUUAGGUGAUGGGAUUUCAUUGAUGUCGUUAUAUUUGGCUUCGUGCAGAAGACUUGAUGGUACUAAGUUUGAUGGAAGUGUAAAUGUGACGAAAGCCGCAGAAAUUAAAAAGGGGGUCAAAUCAAAAUCAAAAUCAAAAUCGAAGUAUGGGAUUGAGGGGUUAUGGAGUAUGUUGAAGAUGAUUUGGUGGACGAUUCUUUCGGUUUUGGAUUUUAUUGGGAGGUGUUCAUCGUUAGUGAAAGAUACCAGAACCGUCUUAAGCGGCGGUGAUGGGGUGGAGCUGUGGCCGAGGAUGGCGGCGUCUGCCAAGUUUAGUCUUCAGGAUAUGAAAACCGUCAAAGCGGCCAUUCCUGGGGCGACAAUCAAUGACGUUCUCUUUGGAGUCAUAUCUUCUGGAUUUUCAAAAUAUCUGAAGAUUCAAUCACCCCACGCUAUUAAGGAAGGGCUUCAAAUCACGGGAAUAGCUAUGGUUAAUUUAAGAAAGAAACCUGGAUUACAGGAAAUGUCGAAGAUGAUGGAAGAAGAUUCUGGGGCCAAAUGGGGUAAUAAGUUCGGAUACAUUGUAUUACCGGUUUAUUAUCGUACAAACGAAGCAAAUCCUCUUAACUAUGUAAAGAGAGCUAAGGCAAUGAUGGAUCAGAAGAAACAUUCUAUGGAGGCUUUUUUGUUAUACUUUAUACAGAAUUUAAUCAUGUCCCUCUUUGGACCAAAGGUUGCUAGCAAGCUUAAUCAUAGGGUUGUUUGUAACACAACUUUUAUGUUCACAAACAUGGUUGGCCCACAAGAGGAAAUGACACUUGCUGGAAACCCCAUGACCUUUAUAAGAUCAUCAUCUACUAGCUUGCCUCAAGCAAUAAUUAUGCACAUGAUGAGUUAUGCGGGAAUAGCAAACAUGCAAAUAUUAGUGGCAAAAGAUAUAAUUCCGAAUCCACGAUUUCUAGCAAACUGCUUUCAAGAUGCAUUGGUUGAAAUGAAGAAUGCUGCUCUUAUUUAUCCUACCAACAAGUAACAACACAUGUCUUUGAAGAAUGAAGAUACUGGUCGGUCUACAUCAAGCUUUUACGAGUAAAAAUUUACCAAUAUAAUGUACUCUUCCAUGCAUGAAAGGAUACUGUUUGCAUUUGAAUUUUAUUUCCAGAAACAUAUAUAUAUAUAUAUUUGUUUGAUCUGACAAAAAGUUAAGGGCUAAUGCUAUCUUCCAAAUGGAAACGUUGUUCAGUUCUAAAAUAAUCCAUUUAGAGUUGUAUUUGAUGAUGCCCAAUGUAAAAGCUUUUCAUUUCGUAAUAUAUAUUUUAUCGAUACAGAUAUUUGACAA